CACUGUCGCCUUUGCAGAGUUGGAAGAGUCCAAUGUCCUCUGCCUGGUGAGAGAAGAGCUGAAGGCCACGACGAGCGUCAACACAAGAAACCAUGGUCAACUUUCUAUCCCUAGCCCGUGAGCAUUGGUCAAACAUCCUGGUGCCUAUGGGCUUUGUUAUCGGAUGGUACCUUGACCGACUGCAGGACACGAAGCUGACAUCGUUCAGGAACAAAAGCCUUUUGUACAGCAGGGAGCUGAAGCCUGGUGAGGAGGUGACCUGGAAGUAGACCACCCUCCCUGCAAUGUGUCCUGUCCUGCAGUGUGACCGUCCCUCAAAUCAGCAUAUUUAAGAUGUCAUCUGUUUUUGAGUUGGAUCUCCCAAUAAUCUUUAAUAUGAGUUGUAUCAACCGAUAAUAAACUUGACGUUUGUCAUGAAAAUAA